AUGCUUGAACUUGUUCGCCCAGUUCUUCAACUUCUUAAAGUCGAAAAUACAGCAUUAGAAAAUUUCGAAGCAUUAAUGGCUUUAACUAAUUUAGCUGGUGCUGGUGAAAGUGUUCGAAAACGUAUUUUAAAAGAAGGUGGAUUUUCAAAUAUUGAACAUUAUAUGUAUGAAGAACAUAUAAUGCUUCGACGUGCAGCUACAGAAUGUAUGUGUAAUUUAGUUGUACAAGAAGAAGUUGUUAAAUAUUUUACUAAAGAAAAUGAUCGAAUUAAAUUAUUAGUUUUAUUAUGUGGUGAAGAAGAUGAUUUAUUAAUCAAAGCAGCUUUAGGAACAUUAGCAGUUUUAUCAUCAUUACAAAUUGAUCUUGAAGAUUAUAAAGAUGUUGAUUUACAAGAUGAGGAUCGUAAAAAAUUAAAUGAAUAUAUUAAAGACAAUCAAAUUAUAUGUGAAAAAAUACUUAGUGUUAAAUCAUUUGCGGAAAUUUUCAAACCAUUGUGUGCUUCAGAGAAUGCUGAUUUACAAUUUCGAGCUCUUUAUAUUAUACGUAAUAUAAUUAAAACAAAUAAAGAUAUUGCAAUACGUAUUGUUGAAACGGAUCUAAUGGAUGUUUUAUUUGCUAUUAAAGAAACGAAAGAUGAUCGAUUAAUAAAUGAAAAAAAUCGAAAAGUGGUUUCGGAUAUAAUUCAACAGUGUUUAGAUUAUGGACUUAUUCAACCAAACAGAGAUCAUACAAUUGCUGAAGAAGAUGAAGAUGCUGCUUCUGAAUAA